AUGGGUACUCCAGAAAUUCAGAGGAAAGAUCUGAAGAUGAUCAAUGGCUAUCCUAUGGUCUAUGCUUUUGCACUCAAUUGGGAAAGGAUGGAAGAGUUCCAGGGCAGACCAGAUGACAUUGUGAUAUCCACAUUCCCUAAAUCAGGUACUACUUGGAUUAGUGAAAUUGUUGACAUGGUUCUAAAUGAUGGAGAUGUUGAAAAAUGUAAGCGAGAUGUCAUUACUACUAAAAUUCCAAUGCUGGAACUGUAUGAACCUGAACAAAAUAUAUCAGGUAUUGAAUUCUUAAAGACAACUCCAUCGCCUCGGGUUAUAAAGACACAUCUACCAACUGAUCUACUCCCGAAAAGUCUCUGGGAGAACAAAUGCAAGAUGAUUUAUAUGGCUCGAAAUGCCAAGGAUGUUACUGUCUCAUAUUAUCAUUUUGACUUAAUGAAUAAUCUACACCCUAUUCCUUGCACCUGGGAAGAAUAUGUGCUGAAAUUCCUAGAUGGAAAUGUGCCUUAUGGUUCAUGGUUCAAUCACGUUAAGACUUGGUGGGAAAAGAAAAAAGAGCAUCCGCUACUUUUCUUGUACUAUGAAGACUUAAAACAGAACCCAAAGGAAGAAAUCAAAAAGGUUGCCAGCUUUCUAGGCAAGACCUUGGAUGAGAAGACCUUGGACAAGAUUAUCCAUCACACCUCCUUUGAAAUGAUGAAGGACAACCCCAUGGUCAAUUAUACCCAUCUGCCCUCAUCAAUGAUGGAUCACAGCAAGUCCCCUUUCAUGCGAAAAGGUACUAUUGGUGACUGGAAAAAUUACUUCACAGUGGCCCAAAAUGAGAUAUUUGAUGCUGUCUAUGAGAAGGAAAUGUCUGGAACAACACUUAAGUUCUGCACAGAGAUCCAAAGCAAAUAA